AUGGACAAUUCAGGCAACAGUGCCGGUAACGGCGGCGACGGCGCCAACAAGAACCCCGAUUACAAGCACAUGAGCCGGUCGGAAUACAUGCAAAAGGCCCGAGCCGCCAUCGAAGAGCGCCGCCAACUGGCCAUGACGAACCGCAAGCGAUUCGAGCCCCAGAUCCACGAGCAGAUCCAGCGUCUGUUCCAAAACUACGAGGCGCCCUUCUACGCGCAGCUCCGCGGCUUCGGCAAGGCCCAGACCCUCGCCCUAGCCGAAUCCACCGUCCUGUCCCUGGCCGCCGUCAACAACCGCGCCUUUGAGGACCAAGAGACGCAGGCCCUCACGGAGCACUUCCUAUCGAGCGUGCACAACCUUCUCGCGUGGAAAUGGGCAAUGACCGGCUUCGCGGGCUACAUGGCCUACCGCGGCCGCAAGACGUGGCGCUUCCCCUUCUUCAACCCGGAAUUCAAGCGCUUCAGCCCCAUCGGCGGCAGCCCGGGCCUCAAGUUCAUGUGGCACAGCGCCCGCUUCGCCGCCUACUACGGAACGCUCUGGGUUCUUGGCGAGCCAGUCUUCCAGGGCGCAAACUUCAUGCGGCAGCGUCGAGAGAUGGAGGCGGAUCCUAGGUUGCGAGCGCUCUUACACGAUGGAGGGGCCCAAGGCGCUACGCUGCUAGGAGGCAACCCGGAAGCCCGCGAGCAAAUUAACGAUGCAUGGGAAUCGGCAGCGCAGUACGAGAAUGCGAAUCAACAAUAUAGAGAUCCCGAGUCCGAACAAAAGCCUACAGCUGCACCAACGCAAUCCUCUUGGACGUCAUACCGCAGCCCCACGACACCGACCCCACAGCCCCAACAGCAACAGCAGCAAUCUGAUGCAUGGGAUUCUUCAUUUACAGACGAUUUUGAUGACGCCUCGCCCGUCGCACCCGCAGCAAGAAAUAGCUCAGACGCCUCAAACAAUUCCAGCGGCUCAGCGUGGGACCGCAUCCGACAACAAGCUCAUUACCAACCCUCUGCCCAGCAAGAUCGGAAGACGUGGGAGAAGCCUCAGUCAGGAGGCGGAUGGGGAUCAGAGGCUGAAUCAGGCGCGCAGUACAAAGGGUCAGCACCAAGAGAGAGCUUUUCAUUCUCGAGCGCUGACGAGGAAAAAAACUUGGCUAAAGGGCAGGCCCAGCGAGAGUUUGACCGGUUACUAGAGAGCGAGCGUGAGGGCCAGAGUCAGGAGAGGAGCUCGUGGAGCAGAAAAUAG